AUUAUAGUGAUGAUGGUAUCACAGAUGUCAAUAUUUUUUGUUUUGUUUUAUUAGCGACCAAAAAAAUAAUAAUUUCUUAUUGAAAAUGCAAUUAUGAUGAUGGAUUCGAUUUUGACGCCCAAUCAAGUUGAAGUAUCGAUUUUAGCUUUUGCCGGUGCAAGGGAUUUAUUAUUACAACAACAUUCAAGGGUCAAUGAAUCUUCGAAUGAUCAAUCGAAUAAUGGUGGUGAAAUACGAUUAACAUUGCAAUCAUCGUGGCCACGAGCAUAUGAUUUACGAAAAUUUUUAUGCCAAAUAAAGUGGCCACAACUCCAACCAAUUGAACAAACUAUCGCUAUAGCAUUGAAUCUAAAAUAUUUAUCGUUAAAUGAAUCGGUAGAAAUUAAUUCCGGUGAUACGAUUGCAUUGAUACCACCGAUUUCGGGUGGAUGAAUGAACUCUUUUCACAUUUUGGGUGAAGAAAAAACUAUCGAAAAAUUUAUAUUUUUUCAUUUCGUUUUUUUCGUGGAUGUCAA